AGAGCCACCACACAAAAACAAUCCUUGAUACGGCAAGUGACGAUUUCGUUGACGAAACCGACGAUUUGAUGGAAAAUGUGCGACGAAAGGUACGUCCGCACCAAUACCCAUGCCAGUCAGACGCUCAAUACUAGAACCAUGCACUUACAGUCCUAAAGCAAUCGGAGUCCCUAUGGUUUUAAAUAUAAUCAGUUAUGUUUAUAUUUCAUUUUAAUUCACCGGCCCUGUUAUUAAUUUACAGACAGUCAAAUUAACUUUGAAUAUCGAUAAAUCAUUUUCGAGAGAAAUACUAUGAUAAUUGUGGGCGGUUGUGCUCCAGGGCACGCUAUCGCUGUGUAACUUAAAAAAAUUGCUUGACAGUGGCAAAACGCCAUACAAACCGAAUGAGCAAUAAUAGGGUGUUUUCAUUAAGCCUGAACGAAAAUUUCGCUGUUCCUUAUUCAGUUCGGGAGUAUGCCAGUUUUGGAAGAAGCGAAAACAAUAGUCUACGUCACCAACCAUAACAUGAUCACCAUGGCGAUGGCCAUUUUCAAAACAUACAAAAUGGCGGACAAGGGAGAGGAGAAGAACGAGUAUUGACCAAAAUUCUCGUUUAUUCUUGUUUUAUCGAGCCUUUUAUUUGUCUUUUUGUUACUAUGAAUUGGGAAGUACCUUGAGGACAGGGAGUAACCAUUCUUGCGCUAUAGUUCUUCGCUUAUCGCGCGCUUAGUAGGCACUGCGUACUCACUGCGUAUGUAAUCAGUACAUCGAAAAUAGGUAAGCACGCUAACAAGUUUGUGCCUAUUUAUUUCAUCAUUUUUUUAUAUCAUAAGGAAAAAAGAAUGCUUUGGAAACAACUAAAAAGUGAGUUGUUCUAUAAUUCAUUGUAAUUUUUCCCGUUGCAUCUGUUUCACUCCCGCGAGUGAGCGACUGGCCGGAGAAGACGGCUGUAAUUCAGGUUAGUGUUUUGGUGCAAGCGAGUCAUUUGUGAGUAAAAUAUCUGUUUUUUCGAAUAUGAUGUUCUGUUGGUUUAUGUCUUGAAGCAGUUCCGUCCAGGUAUACAACAGGUUUACAAGGGAUUUCUGAGGGUAUUGUGCCCGCGUUUUCUUCUUGAAAACCCACAAAGUGAAAAUCUUACUUAUCAUCCCAGAUCAUUUUUUUUUGUCCCGCUUCAAAAAAACCUGUUGCUUUCAAUUAUUCCACUUUCUGAAGUUAACUGAUUAUUUGGUCAAGCUUAACAAAUGCAAGAGGCUCUUAAGAAUUUAAUAUACAUAUUGGAAAACUAAGAAUUAUGCUUCUUACAUGCUUUUGGAUCUGUUGAUUAAAAUGGGAUACUAUAGUCUUGGUAGUCCACCGGAUUUGACCAGAGGUCAGAGAUCAACAAGGUUAUGAUUUGUUAUAAAAUAUCCUCUUGUAAGGGAUUUGAUGUUACAUCCAAAUAAUACUAAAUUACUGUUUUUAACUCUGGGGUUGCCUUUAAACCAAAGGCAUUGUAACUUUGAGGAGCACUUUUCUCCAAGUCUUCUCUGUGGGGACCCUCAAACAAUUCUAUUAGACAAGGUUUGGCCCAAAAUAAUAAAUGAUUACUGCCCUUGGCAUGGACACAACAUAAGUUUUCCAAAGUUCUUUUUCAUAGCCGGUUCUUCAUGUUUCUAUUGAACAGCACUUUCAAGAAAACAAAGCUCACACAUCAGAGUAAAGAUACAAUAAAAGUUAUUUAUUGUUAUAUUUUGUUUUUUUGUAAAUAAACAUUUUAUUUUAGGUCCUGACAGUUAAUUCUUUCCGUAUUACUGUUUUUGAUCCUGACCUGCAUGACUCGCUGCCAUGGCUACCUGGCUCGCAUAUUAUACACACUUUUUAUCUCAAAAUCUUGUUUUUUAACACCUUCUUGGACAUGAAAACCAAAAUCCAAAACUUAAUUGAUAUAAUGAAGACAGUAGCAGCUGACAUCGAUUUUCAAUAGUUAUCUUGUGAGAUGUCUCUCAUGUAUUAUUUAUUGGGGAGGAUGAUUUGUAGAAGACGAUGCAUUAACAUAGAUGCUUUUUCAUCAAGAGAAUCUCAAUAAUUUAGGAUUUAUUCAAAUACACACAUAUUCGAUAUUAUGACAUCAAAUGUGGGCUUAUUGCUCAUGUAAAGGGAUUGAUGGGGGAGAGUGUGGCAUUUUUCAUGUUUCUGAUUGACCUUUUGCGCAGCACAGGGACUGAACAUAUUAUGUAUUUGGCAUCUGUAAAGUAUAAACAAUAUUUGACGCGAGGGAUUGAACAUUAUGUAGAGAAAAUCUUCACAAGCCUCCACUUCCAUGACUCCUUCCUCAUCUAUCUCCUUUAAAGCCCCUUGAAUAAGGGCCACAGUCUCUUCUAUGGUUGAAUGGUCAUUGAGUGUGAGCUUCCACUCACAAGGUACAUAAGCCCCCCCUCCAACCUGUUUCCCUCUUACCCAUUUUUGAAAGGGUCAAAGGAGGGGCUUUUGUGGUGGGUAAGCCUGUGACCACACUACAAAGAAACAAAAAAAACAUGGUUAAUUCUAUUGAGGUAGGGUUGAAGUUGGACAUUAAAUUUUUCAUUACAGUGGAACAUAAGGCGAACCUAAAGCAAUAUUUUGCCCUCAGAGCACAAAUAUGUCGUUCUGAAGAUAUUUAGCAUUUUGUCUUCCUGGUUGCUUUUCCCAGCUUUUUGGCACAAACGCGACAACAUGUUUGUAAUAUCUCCACAUGUUUGUCUACAUUUUUGACGGAAAUCCUGAUCAAAAUAAAAGAAAUCAAUGUAAGAACCUACUCACACUGAUUUAAAACUAAUUCCACACACAUGAUCUGGAUCAAUAAAGUGAUUUCUAGAUGAGAGUCGCAUAAAUUGCCGGUGAACACGACCAAAAACAGACCUGAUCGAUUAUAACUGAAACUACAUAUACAGGCUAAGGCAUAACCAUCAAUAUCAGUAACCCUUCCUGUCCGUUGGCAAUUUUCAAUGUGUGGUUGCCAUUUUUACUAGGUUGUUGCCAUCGAUGAAACUUUGCCUGAACACACUUUAAACGUUGUAGUUUUGAGGAAAAUUAGUCUUGACUUCGUAAAAAUUCGGCAACAUACUGAAAACUAAACAUAAAGUCAUGUACUUACAUUCGAUACCCGUCAAGAUGGCGGCGGCGGCGUCGAAGGCCAUUUGAAAACUGUCGCUUUUAACUACCGAAAUGUGGCAGGAAAGUUCCCUUGACAUUCAAAAAGCAAGGAGAAGGCUUCUUCACCGGUACUGCUAGCUCGGAAGUCCCGGAUAUUGAACGAGGAGAAGUGGAACAGGCUUUGAAAAAAGCUCCCUUGUUUCUUGCGAUUAUUUUUUCCUAUUUUUGCGUGUUUUUAGCAGAACAAUGGAAUCAUGACGUCAUCGCUUCUUCCAAAACUGGCAUACUCCCGAACUGUUAUUCCAGUCAAAAUGAGAAAAAUUAUUAUUGCAAAGGGCAUUAUUGACCACCUGAUUAUUCCAUUAUUCUAAAGGACAAGAUUUCUGUGAUUAUUUAUCUUCAGUCACUGAAAAAGAAUUACUUUACACAGAAAUUUUUGUACUUCAUACUACUUCAAGAAAACCAUUGAAGUUUGACCAUUUUCUAAUCCCCUAUACUGCCCCCUCCCCCUCCCAAUGUGUCGUUAAUGAUGUAUAUUUUGCAAACCCUCCAUUCUUACUUUAGGUUAUAAAAAAGCCGCAAUCCUUAUGACAGCCGCUUUGUUUGUGUGACUCAACAUCUAGGAUAUAAACAAGUUCUGAUGUGAUUCAGUUUGUUUUUGAAAUCAAGUAAAAAGUAAUUAUAAAUGCGAGGUAGUGUUAAACGGAGUGAUUCUCACUUAGCCGAAGCUUAAUUUUAUGUAAGAGAUGAAUGCAUUUAAUCGCUUUAUUUUGAGUCAUUUAAGGCAAUGGACUACAAAAGCUUAACGUUCGACUCUUUUAUCAGCCGGUUGGCGCCAUUUUUAAUUAUAGUUUUCCUCCUUACUGAAACAUGGCGCGCUAUUUCUUCGGGCCAAAUCUAAUUAUUAGAAUUAUUAGAAAUAACUACAGUCAAACCUAUAUCUUUGGGAAUGGCUUACUGACCGCUUAAUACAGGUUGACUCUUUCAUACAAGUUUGACAAACCUAUCUACGACCGGAGUUUAUCAAGAAAAUCAAGAUGGUGACAAAGCGAAAUAUCCACAACACGGCAACUGUUGAAAGGGUACACAAACUGUUUUACCUUUUUUUGUGCCAAAGUGACCGUUGAAGAGGUGGAGACAAUAAAAAAUAAGUCGUUGGGACCAUGAAAAAGGUGACCUCUUCAGAAUAUAAGGCCCCGUUCAGACGCCGCUCCACUCAUGUGCCGAACCUAACUGAUGAUUUAAGUACGGCAAAAGAGCGGCGUCUGAAUCAAUUUGGUACGGCACUUUUAGUUUGGUGCGGCAAAAGCGUUAAGUUCGACAGAGUCUGUCGGACUUUUGUCGAACUUAACUUAGGUUCGACACACGGUACGCCGUCUGAAUCAGAUGUCGCGCCAGUGUCGCUCCAAAGUCGAACUUCUUCAGUUAGGUUCGGCACAUGAAAAGUACGGCGUCUGAACCAGGUCUAAGAAACCACUUACUACAGGUCAGUUCUAUAGUAAUUCCGGGACUUACGAAAGUGACCGCUUAAUGCAGGUCCACUCAACUUAAUAGCGGAGCUCCCGCGCGCGCGCAGCGGAGCACCAUGGGUAAGAAAAUUUGGUAAACUAUCCAUUCCAGAAAAUUUGGUUAUGACGUAGCGUACGCCCGUCCGUACACACACUUCAUGUAAGCCGAUGUCAAAUGUCACAAUAGAUCUUGCACAACUUGACUAGCCUCUUAGUUAUGUAAGCCAUCCGUAUGAGUACGAUUAGAUUGACAGCUGUCAAAAUCAGACAUCCGCUGACAAUUAUCACAUGACCGUCUCGCGGGCUCAGAUAAAAAACCAGUCGUUUUGCCCCUAUAUAUAAGCUGCUAUAAUAUGUCACACUUACCAAUUCAACAUAAAAACGAAACUACGCCGGGCAAGGCUGUCAGUUGGCUGAGAGUCGUUUAAAGUUACAUUGGCAGGCCAAAUUAAGGUCAAUUGACAGCUUUCAAAAUGGGACAUGUGCAGACCGCUAUCAGAAAACUAAUAACGAGGGCUCAGGUUCGCUCAGGUACACGAUCUGGCAUUUUCCACUACAUGCCGGACAGAAAUGUCCUACUCACACUCGUAGUCUGAUAAUUCGAAUAUUCGCCAUUCUAAUAAAGGUUAAUUGACAGCUGUCAAACUAGAGUAUACGCUGACCAUCAUCGCCUGAGUGGAUCGCGGGCUCAUUUUUCUAUCUAUUGAGGUCACGUAGUGUUUAAAGUUUUGCGCUGACAAUGUUAUUUCUGACGAAUGAGCCCGCGAAGAAGGCAGAAAUAAAUAUUUUGACGGCACGAGAUACAACAGGGCCUGGGUACUAGGCCGGGUGCACCAUGGGUAGCCAUAUCGGGGGUAUAUAAGGUUGCGUAUAUCACGUGUUCGUCAUCUAGGCUUACGAACCAACCUCUCCUCGGUUUUUCUUAAAUUUUUGUUUUAUUUAUUUUAGGAGCAACAUAUUCUCGAUUACAUUGUAAAGUCCCGUAGGAAGGGCUUUGAGCUUGAGCCUUGGUUCCUACCCAGAUUUCCUGCCCGCAUUUUUUCCCUUCGGGGUUUUUUUGGGCAGGUUUUUUCUGGCCUCCGUCUGACCGCAUUUACUUCAGCUUGUAAGCGGUAGCUCAGCUCUGCUAGUUUUCAGCCUUUUUCCCGUUUCUUAUUUUAUGUACUUGUACACUAGUUAUCUCAGUUUUGCACCUGCUCCUUUACUUGAUAUAUUUAGUUUCCAUGUAUGCUUAGGUCAGCUGUCCCGGAACCGCUCUUUAGGAGGCGACGUAAGUCUCGUUUGACGCAGUUAGGUUGCAGGCAAUGUUACAGACCUCUAGCCAGGGUCGUUAUUCAUUGUUUACCCUCAAUGUCCCGCCCUAGCCUUUUAUGGCAGUCUUACUGGUUAUUGGGCUACGUGCCUUGUUGGGUACAUUAGUGGAGAUAAUUCCCAGUUUUCCUGGCACUCAGCUUCUGUGCUCCUGAAGUGUUCCCGGUCGCAGUUAUACGUUUAUCACAGUUUUAUUAAAUUUCCCCGGCCUAACUGGCACUAAGCCUGCGUGCUUAUUUGGGCGAUUCAGGUCGAGAUCGACCAGUUGUAGCAGUUUUUUCUUUUUGCUUAGCCUCUGUGCUCCUACCGUGUUCCUCGUGCCAGUUAUGCGUUGUCUGAGUUUUAUUAAUUAGUUUCCCCAGCCUAACUGGCAGCCUAACUGGCACUAAGCCUGUGUGCUUAUUUGGGGGAUUCAGGUCGAGAUCGACCAGUUGUGAGGAGUUUUUUCUUUUUGUUUAGCCUCUGUGCUACUACCGUGUUCCGUGUGCCAGUUAUGCGUUGUCUGAGUUUUAUUAAUUAGUUUCCCCAGAAUGACUGGCAGCCUACCUGGCACUAAGCCUGCCUGCUUAAAUGGGAGAUUCAGGUCAAGAACGACCAUUUGUCGCACGAGUUUUAUCUUUUUGUGAAAGCUAGUUUACAAGUGUUGUACAUUGGGUAUUCACCAGUAUUCACCUAUUAUUGUAUUUACAUAAAUACUUUGUAGGGUUGGUUCUCGCCAAGCUGUCCCAAAAUAAACUUAUUUGCCAUUACGUUUUGUCUGUUGAUGUUGUGUAGUGGAGUCAAAAUUGUUAUUUGAUCACGGGCUCCAUUCGAAGCCCCAUAGCUUUAUAGAAAAUCUAUCCAUCCUAGAAAAUUCGGCAAACACGUGACCGUACACCGACCACCCGACCCUCCGUCCGUCCGCACCACAGGCAUACCAAUGUUUAAUGUCACACUUUCUAGCUAGUUUGGGAGCCUGCAACCUGAUAUUGUACAUCCAUGUUUUGAUUAAUUGACAGCUGUCAAAACAGUGUUUCUGCUGACCAGUAUCGCCUGACCGUAUCGCGGGCUCAGGUAUCGACCCUCUGAGUUCGAGUAAUAUAUUGAAGGUAUUCGCUGACAAGUUGCUACUUUUCAAAUGAUCGUAGACUCAAGUUCAAUUUUUUUAAAAUGCAUAUGAAAUAAGUCGUGUUUCAUGAGCGGCACUUUUAAAAUGUUGAUUUCGAACUGAUCUCGGACACGAAAAUUCAACCGGCUUUUACAUUUACAUGCAGGGAAGGCAAUCGCUUUUGACUUUUCUCACUGUCACGCGUUGAUCACGCUCUACGUCCAAUUUUUAUGUUCUGAUUGGUCAAAAUUUGACAGGUGAGUUUAUGCGGAAAAUUUUUGCAGCGUCUGGAAACUUGCUUACUGAUAGCUGGAGCUGAGAGAGUUUUGUGUCAUCUUGUGAUGUUUUAAACUGUCUUUUUCUACUUGGUCUACAAAAUGAAAUACAGCUGCUAUCAAAAUUGUUCUGUAAUUCGUGGCUGGUUUGUUUAUUGCGCUUUUUGUUGACAAAUGCACCGCUUGUCAAGGUCAUUGGAAAUCCGAUUUCGGAUGGCAUCGUUUCCAAAAAUGAGCUUACUCACUUGCCCUUGCUUGAGGUGUAAGAAGGUUGAAAAGUCUCAAGCGAUUCCGGAACACUUGAUGACCUUCAGAAGCAGCAUCUCGACUGGUAAGCUUGAGCCAUUAUUGUUUUUGAUGUUUUUUUUUUUUUCGGUUUCCUGAAGUCGAGCGUAUGGUUUAUGCGGCUUAAGUUAAAACACGAGCAAUGAUCUAACCUACAAUACUAUCAGGUGUAAAAAGCCUUUAGACAUUUUUUGACCCGCAAAUUCAAAGAAAAGGUUCCGAAGAUUAUUUAGUUAUGAUUUUGGCUGUAAACAGAAAGCUCUGAGCGAUUUUCUUGCCUCGAGUUCAUCUUGAAAAAGAGCGAACACCGGGAAGCUGGCUUAAAACAUAAAUAAGCUUAUGCUUGCCUGACUCAUGAUUUUCUGAGACGUUACUCUCAAUACUUCUCUUCGUGAAUGAAAGUUAUUGUCUCUGUACAUGUUUCACCGAAUUAAACUUAUUUUAUUGAUUGUUAGUAGUCCCUCUCGCAAUUUUCAUCGCUGCACCGGUUGUUUCCAGUCGAACAUAAACAUCCCAUGUAGGAAUACUCAAAACGCCGCGCGUAAAUAUCACUCGCUUUUAAAGAUUACACAUAACAAAAUCAUACACAGUUUAAUGAAUUAAGGGAAAUAAAACCUAAACAUAACAAUUUCUCUAUCAUGUUGAAGCGUAAAUGGUAACUCUAUUAAUCGCACUGCAAAUUUGGUGCCUGUCAAAAGUGAGAACCCGUUCGGCUGGCCGAAAAGUGAUUUUGGGAAUUUUUUUUAUCGUUUUCAUAAAAAGCCCAUAAUUAUUACCCCGCAUAUCCCAUAGGACCAGAUUUUUCUAACAGAAAACGUUUUAUAAUUCAAUGCUAUAAUUUGUUGUGCAAAGGAAGCGCGUGCUUUGAUCGUCGUGGAUAUUGAAUGAGUGCAAAUUCUCUUGCAAAAUUGUGAAAAACUGCAGAAUUAUAGGUUUAAAUAGGGCAAAAAAGAACAAAUUCUGUCCGAGGUCUGUGUACUUUUUACCUGAGACGUGAUGAGAAAAAGUAUGUUUAAAAGGCUGGUUUACACGCCACCAGAUUCGUCGCCAAGAUUUACUAGUAAACUUAACUUGUCGAACACAAAAAAUCCGGCCUGAUUUUUAUUUUGGCCUUUCUUUUAGACAGAGGAAUGCAACGUGUAAAUUGGCUGGCACCAAGGACUAUCGUGGCGCAUGUGUUUCUUAAAAUUAUAUUUCGGGGUUGUCCAAUUAUCCAUAGUCUCUCUAACGGAGCAAUGUUGGAGAGACUGGUGAAUGCCACAUUAUGAUGCUACAGCUAAAGCAAAUACAAUACACGAAUAGGUCUAUUUGUUUUCCAGGCCUAAUCUACUGUGAUCGAACAUGAUUGCUAUUUUUCGGUGUACAAAUAACUUGAUGUAAAAUUUGUUUCACUCUUGGACGGUCAAAUUCUGAUUUUUCUCUAAAAUCACUCAGACUUUGCCUCAAAAGUCAAAUGAAUGUGCCCUGAUCUGUGAAUUACAAGUUUAUUGUUUGAUUUAAAUUAUGAAUUUAUUAACGGGAGCUUCGCUUUUAGCCCUGGCUAAAUCUAUAUAUUACUACUUCAGAAAACCAUUGACGUUUGACCAUUUUCUAAUCCCCACGCAAUACCAGCCAUCAUUUCCUAGCCUUAAAAACAUUCUUAUGAAACCUGGCAAAAGAUAGAGAACCAACCUCGACAACCUCUUCUUAGUCAGAGUACAAAGAACCUCCAAUUAUAUCGUAGAAACGAGGAAGGUCUCUGAAGGAUAUACUCGUAAAAGCUAAACUCUGAGAAUUAGAUGAAUUAAAGGCUGUAAACACGUGGGUGGAAAGCGUGAGGUCAGGCUUCUCUUUAUCAUGUGAUAUGUUGCAAUUUAUCGCGCGACCUAAUUUUCUCAUUUAUCGGGCGAUAACUUAACAAUAAAUAAAUCUCAUGUCCUUUACGGGCCACCGAAAGUAUGGCCAUAUUUUAGCAAGGACGAAAAUCAAAAUGGCACAGACUGGCAGAUAAAAAUAAGUAGCUUAAUUUGAGGUCAGGCGGUGUGCGUCACGAGAUUCGACCAAUCAGAAUGCGUCAUUUGUGGAGUGAUUUUCGCGCUCGGAAAGAGCUGUUUUCAGAGUAUACGUGGUGAAAUUUUCGCUUUAUUCCAAGCUUGUGUUAGCAAUUUCGACACUAUACCGCCGUGAAAAAAUGUUGGAACACUUUAUCGUGAGAGCAGUUGCGUUACUUUUAAAUAUUUUGCUUUCUUGAGCGUUUGUGACAAGUUUGAAUUGCUCGGUCAUGUGCAGGCCGCCAUGAUGAUUUGAGUGUGGUUUUUGCCGUUCUUCUUGGAUUUAUUGCUGGUUACUGUUAGCGGUUUUAUCGAAUUAUUUUGGCCAUCUUGUUACUUCAACGUUUCUUCUUUGCAAAUUUCGGGGUCUACCCGGGUCUACCCCUGUUAGUUUUCCCGUUAUGAGCCGUUGAAAGUGUCUUGGAAUUAAGACAUCGUCUCAGCCAAGUGGCACAAGUCCCGGGAAACGGGCUGAGAAAAUAUGCCGAAGCGGAAGCCGACGUGAAGCGAGUAACGCCAAAUCCAGGAAGAGUUUGCUCCAUUUUAAAGCACAAAAGGUAAAUAAGUUUGAGUAUUGUAAUAACCUUUGGAAACAAAACAUUUUUCAUAACCUAGUGCGGAAACUGAAAGCGUGACUUUAAAAUAAUUUGCAUGCGGUGUGUGCUACGUGUAUGCAAAUCUUUGUGUAAACUUAUGUGAGGGAAUAAAUUGUUAUAAAUCUCUACCAAAACACAAAACCAUUAUCGAAGAUCCAGACAACAUCAUACAGGAUUUUAAAACUGUGAGGUUAGGUUUUACUUUAUAACAAGAUCGAUAUACUGCGCUCACUUCAAUGACCGCACAGACAAGAUCGUGGUUUAUUUCACUGUUUAUUUCUGCGGCUGUAGCUUCGGUGAAAUUCCGAUUGUGCUGCAGCUGUUCGGCUCUUUCGGCCUGUUUCCCCUUCCCUGACAGAAGAUUUAUUUGCGCAUAAGGAUUUCAAACGGGCACUGUUUUCAAAAUAAUAUAAACUUGUCGAUGAAAAUAAAAUUGUUAUGAGAGACGAUUUCUCACCUUGCUGUUUGCACGCGCUCCCCCUGCUUAAUGCCGGUAACAAAGUCCAUCAAAUAUAUAAACAGUUCUAAUUUACGAAUUUUUUUUUUAGUUAAGCAAAUCCAGGUAUGAACUACAGAUCUCUUUCACUAUGAGAUAAAAACAUACAUAUAAACCAAACAGUACAUAAAAUCUUAUGAGAAGCAGGAAAUUAGUCGCCGCUCAAAGUCGGCUAGAUCGCACGAUCGUCUCCGAAUCGCGAUAAACUUCUUGAAAUUGCCUUAUGAAGCCAAUAGCAAGCAUCUAAGGCCACUAUGAGAUCUUGAAAAUUCUCGAAAUCGCUCUCUUCAGUAAUGUUUUUCGGAAAAGGCAGCAGUGUUUUGAACCCUGGGUUUGAUUCAUUUCUCUUACGAGAUGCGAACUCGACCGUGUCACGAUUGAAAUGAGGCACAGUAACAGUUUUACCCAUGAACCUUUGUGGGCCGUGACGCAUGAGGCGUAAUUAAGAGCCAAUGUCUGUAAUUUUCGAGGAUCGGUUGACAGUCGUGAAUUUUUGAAUUUCUUCAUAUUUUGCUCAAGUAAUCUCUAUAGUACACUAAUUUCAAAAAUCACGUUAAAACUUGUAACAGCUUUUUUAUUUUUUCAGGAAUCAGGCAAAGUUUGAAAAACUCUAAAUCGGCGCUCUUUCGAGUAUGAAAUUAGCGAAAAUUGAGCAUUUUCUUCGCGCUCGUACAUAAAAACGGAACAAUAUCUCUAGGUGAAAUCAAGUCACAAAACAGACACACAUUUUUACUCUAUAAUUCAGCAGUUAACUUUAAAUAAACCGUUUAAAUGUGACUGUACCGGCCGCAAGAAGAAUCACGGUUUCAGCACUUUUCAAAAAUGGCAAAUUUGACCUAACUUCACUAUCGUAAAAACCCAGUUGGUACAUGGAAUUUCAGUAUGAAACAAGAACUGCAUUGAAGCAUAUCCUUUGCUGUUGUUUGUGUUAAAAUAUUUCUGGCGGCAUUCCAAAUGCACACCGUCGAGAGACCAAAACCUGAAGGGUAUUUUGACACCAGGAAAGCGCGUGCAAGAAACAAGUUUCAAAGCUUGGAAUAUUAAUCCUUCGCAAACCUAAGUUACUUCGACAUUUCAACCCUAGUCAGAGUUGUAACGGUUUCAGAUUAUAUUUCGGCGUUUCUGUUCGGUUUAACAUGAUUCCUUUCAACCGAUUUUUGCGAUAAACCAUAAUGAAGAGACGAAUACGCAGUUCAAAUCACAGUUAGUACAGGGGAAUAUUGUCGAAAUACUCGCUUGCUAUAGUUUUAAUCGUAUUGAAACCUUAAUAUCAGAAAAGUUAUUUACUUACCAGAAUUUAAAUGCUAGACAGGGUCACAGUACUGCUAACUAAAUUCUGCAUCUCGGCAGAAUCGAAGUUAAGUUUGUAUAUGUUUUCAAUCUGUCAACACGAGGGAAGAUGACAUUCUGGAAGUGCGUGACGCGUAACGCGCCGAAAAAGAAAUUCCUGGUAUAAGUGUUUUACGGUGCAAGUCUUUGUUGUAUGUUCGUACAGCAUCUCGCACAUAUUCAAACUUGGUUUGUGGCGCCUGUGGCCCCAGUAAUGCUGAACGUAUUGCGAUCAUAGAAAAGAUGUCGUGAGUCACUUGGUAUGCUCCUGACUUGUUAGUCACGUGAGUAUGUAGGGCAAUAACCAAACAUCGACCCUACCAUGCUAAUGAUAAAAGUAAGGUUUUCUGCAUUUACGUUAGGUGAUCUUUGUUUGAUCCACAAAAUUGGCGCAUGAAAAUAAGAGUUUUUCCUCACCACCUCUGAAUGUUUGGUUCCGGGUAGCGGUGCAACAAAUCACGUGGUACCUUUCUAGAUCAACCUACUGGCUGCUCAUAGAGGGGUCCAUAAAGGCACAUUGAUUGAUACGCAGACGUUUUCUAAGCGACGAAUGUGCAGCUUUUACACUCCUCUUUCGUUUCGAAAAUAAACAAGCACGCGAGCGAAGCGAGUGCGCGAGAGAGCCCCUUGCUCUACUGGUCAAUAAAUCCCCCGCGGCUUUUAUUUUCAUACGCAAAAUCGACGAUCUCCAAAGAGAAAAUAGAUCGACGAUCUCUAAUGAAAAAGUAGAGGGUCCGUGAACAGGCUACGAAGGUGCUUGCUAUUAUUUUAGUGAACUUUACAAGAGGUCUCAGGUGAUUAUGCUAACGUCAUAAAAAGUCUACUUUAGGAAAGGAUGAGGAGAUGGAUGGGUUGGUUGGCAUUGGGUUCUCCAUUAGGCUCAACCCUACACAUACAAAAAUUCAUGUAUUUAUCACUACAUUUAGAGCGAACAGACUUUGUUUGAUCCACAAAAUUGGCGCAUAAAAUCAAAAGUUUUUCCUCACCACCGCUAAAUGUUUGGUUCCGGGUGGCGGAGAACAAAGCGCGUUGUACCGUUCCAGAACAGCCUACGGGCCAUGCUGGCUGCUCAUUUAAAAGGGAUCCGUAAAGGCACAUUAAUUGAUGACUCUGUGCGGCCUGAAGAAAAUUAUAUACGCAGACGAUUUCUGAGUGACGAAGGUGCUGCCUUUACACUUCUUUUUCUUUUCGAAAAUGGCCACGGACUUCUCUCCUCGCUCCUCGCCGCUAGGCGGUCGUUUUUUCCUGAGAGAUACCACCACGAAGGAGUUUUAGCACGCAAGUCACUGCUGGUGCAGACCUAGAAAAAGGGCAUUCUCCAUCUGAAAUUUUAAAUCGAAAUGAAAGGCUGUUUUCAGCCUUUUAUCUCUUUUCUCCGCAACGUAUUUGGUUAAAAGAUAGUAAGUAAAAUGGCUGAGGCACUUUAAAGCAUUUUUUUCAUUUUCGCGACGGAUUUUGACGUUAUGAAAAAGAAUUUGUCAGUGAAUUGGUUUAUUUUCUAGCCUGCGAACAAGUGCCGGGGGGAUGGUGGUCGAUAGAGCCAGGUGACUACACCUUUUUUCAGGCGGGAGCUAGCAGUACGUAAAUUCUGGUCUACCCCAUACUGUGUAGACUGGCCUUUAAGGGCCUCUGUUCGGGGGGCGAGGGAUCAGUACAAUUCGUCAACUGCAGGUUGAGGUCUCGCCAGAAGAUGCCCUUGCUGCAGAGGAGCAAAGCAAUACUACUUUCAGUAAUUUAAACAUAUUAAAUACUUGUAUUUCGCUCAUCAAAUGUGUCCAUUGUCCAUUUUCGAUUUGUGGUUUUUCAGGAAUGUUCUUUUGUGGAGCAUUGGCCAAUUUUCUUUAAACAGUUUUACUCGUUUCCAUUUCGCUGCUCUACCCUCAUGUUGCAUAUGGCGUACGUGUGUACCUAAAUCCCUCAAUUCAUACUGAGGUGAUCGAUAAAGAAGUCUAUACUCUAAGCCGGGUUAAGAUUAGUUUAUGACAAGCAAAGGCGCAGAAGGCUAAGUGCAAAUAAAAAAAACUAGUUUGAAAAGUUUUGCAGACUGGGCUUACUCUAUUUGUUUUCUUUCUCUAUUUGAGUUUCGGCUGGUGACAUCCUAAAAUCAAGUUUAGUUCCACAUGUUUUGGGAAUAUAAAAUAUAAAACUAAAAAAAGCAGUGUUAAUUGUACACUCGUGCGAUGAUGAUCCUGGUCCGUACAGUUGCGUGACCAGACUCAAAUUACACACGGGCUUUCAUCACGCAUCACAGCGUUUAGUCUGAGGCUAAACGACGGAAGAUUUCAGUAAACUGCGGCCACUUGCGGUUGAAACGACUGUGGUAAGUAAUUCUUAGAGAUCUCGAAUCCUAUUUAGAGCUAGCACGCCGUUUCUAGCGGCUUUAUUUUAGGCGCAGAAACUCGAAGUUAAUAUUUACACUCCAUGAGAACUUAACAGCGUUGUCUUUUUCAGCCACUUGCGUGCAAUCAAAUGCAGUGUUAAUCUACUUAGUUCUUUUUUAUAACCAUCAAAUUGAAAAGCGUUUUUCAAAAGAUUUUUAGAGCUUCCCGUAAUGUGCCCCUUGUAAAAGAAGCUAAGUUAGCAAAAACUUUUGUGUGCCUACACUCGCGGCUAGCUUGUUCUUAGCGUUCCAACGUGCGAAACUACGCUGCACGUUUCGGUGUCUCAGCGACGCACUUUUGUAAUGCCGCCAAAAAUUUUUUAACACAAGAAACGGCAAAGAAUAUGCUUUAAAAUAGUGUUUGUUUCAUGUUGAAAUUCCAUGUAUCAGUUGUUUUCUUCGAUGGUGAAGUUAGCUCAAAUUUGCCAUUUUUGAAAAGAGCCGAAAUCGUGUUUCUUCUUGCGGCCAACACCCAGUCACAUUUAAACAGCUUAUCUAAAGAUAAUUGCAGAAUUAUAAAGUACAAGUCUGUGUUUUCCUUGUGCCUUGAUUUCAUUUAGAGAUGUCAUCCCGUUUUUAUGUACAAGCGCGAAGAAAAUGCUUAAUUUUCGCCAAUUUCAAACUCGAAAGAGCGCCGAUUUGGCGUUUUUCUAACUUUGCCCGAUUCAGGAAAAAAUAAAAAGCCGUUACAAGUUUUAAUGUGAUUUUUGAAAUUAGUGUGCUAUAGAGAUUAUGUGGGCAAAAUAUGAAGAAAUUCAAAAAUUCACGACUGUCAACCGCUUCUCGAAAAUUACAGACAUUGGCUCUUAAGCGUUCACUGCGAGAGCACGCCCUGGAGCACAACUGCCCACAAUACUAUUAAUAGAAAAGGCCAACUAUUCAUUAAUAACAGGGCCAGUGACUUAAAAUGAAAUAUAAUUAAUGGCUUAACCACAUGUGUUUAACAAGAUCAACACAUUUAAUUUGCGCUUGUCUAGUCGAUUUUGUUCAGUUUUUGCCAGGGGCAAAUUGCGAACCGCAGACGCAUUUCCGGUCGGAAGAGAAGCGACGACCGGAAAUGCGUCUGCGGUUCGCAGGCUAACAACAGAACAGAUAAUAGUUUUAUUUACAGGGGGGGCCGUGUGAGGGCUCCAAAAACCGCAAUACCGCACGUGGUAGAGAAAGAAAACCGCAAUACCGCAUCGAAAUUUACCCAAAUACCGAAACCGCAGUUACAAAUGGUAAAAAAGUUGCCCAUCUCAAGACUAACAUCCCCCUUUUAAAUAGAAAUAACAUUUUUAUGUCAGUGUUUCCAAAUCAAGGUGCGUCGAUGUUAAGGGUACAAUAAACAUACGACCAUUUCACUCGUUUUUGUUCAUUAAAAACGUUAACGUAAAUGAUAUAACAGGCGUUCUCUAGUAUUACUUUAUUUAUGACUGACCUGGAUCAUAAACUCUGACGGAAAACAGCUGACUCCUAUGAGGCUGUCUCCUGUUCACAUUUGACUCGGUUCUGUGUUGAAGAUUUUCAAAGUCGACCCAGUUGUCGACCAGUGAAAGGGUUGACUACGUUGGGCUGUCUCUGGGAUUCGAUGGGCACAUAGUACACCCAAAUACUAGUACAUAAGUAUAAAAUUAAAUUCUAUACAUUCCGUCAUGCACAACGAGUAGGACGAGUAGUAAUUUUUAGACCACAUCAUCUUCAUAGGUUAUCUUUCAGCCUUUUCGUGUAAAAACCUUCGUAACAGACAAAAAGACAUUUGUAAUAUGAUAAUCACGAAAAUUGAGUUGCCAGAAUUAUUUCAUAACCCACUCGCGUGCGUGUAAAUUAAACAUGCUGACAAUGAAAUCUUUUAGAAUUUAUACAUGUCGUGUUUACAUUUGAGCUUUUACCAAGGUAAAACUUUACUAAGGUCAAGUUACUUAACCUUGGUACAUUCGUCCAGUGUUUACACUAGCUCAAAUAACUCAAGUUGAUCUGUCAACGCUCCCGCUGUCUGCAUUAUCUACGUCAUGAAAUCAAACUGGCGGGAAUUCUAAAACCAUGCUCGCUUCAAGAAGUAAAGUGGUGGCUUUCGUGGCCAUUGGUUUUUCUUUCUUAAUUCAAGAGCCGCAAACAGAAACGUCAAGAUUUCGUAAGAUGUUGAUGUUACAACACCUCAAGAGCUCGAGGCGAAAACGGAUGGUUUUACUCCGAAUUGCUUUAAAAAAUAUCAGACGAGCUAGACGUGCGUGGGCAUGGCCGCAAAAUCAGUUCUAGUUUGAGAGACUUUUACAAGGAGAUUUCGUGGAAGAUUGGUGGAAAAAAAAAUUUCAGGAUAUCAAGGCGUUCCAAUCAUUCUCUGACUUAUCUGCCAUGAUAGAAACGCUUGGCCGAAAACGUGACAAUCGCACGAUCUGCACACCGCGGGAUGUGACAUAAUUACACCGCACAAGCGGAUAUAUCUGUCAUCUUGACCUUGGUUACCAACUGUAACCAUGCCUGAUCACAGGGUAAUUACAAAUUUUACCUUGGUCAAGUUUCUUUUGUCUUUUGCGGCAUUUAUUAAAGUAUCAGUUAGCGUUUACACACGAACAAUUUUUACCUAGGUAAGUAAACUCUCGUACCUCAGUAAACCGUUCAAGUUUUCACCGAUUACCGCGACAUUAAAUUUAAAUUUACCGCAUACCGCUUAGACUCUGAAAACAGCAAUACCGUACUUUCAAAUAAAAAUUACCGCAAAACUGCACCAAAAAUAACCCAAUUUAAUAGGUCAAUUAAAUUGUUAAAUAGACUAGAAAGUAGUCGAGGUUCCUUUGACGCGUUGAAUAAAGUAAAACAAAGAUGUAUUACAACAAUAGUCUUUGUCAGUUUGUCGGGUUUCUGACAUAUACUGAACAUAUGAAAGUUUCACCUACUAAAAAAAAAUUAGCCAUCGGGAAAAAAAAAAAAAAAAAGAUUUCCACCUUACAUGUACAAGAAAAAAAUCUUGCAUCUCUUAAAAAGCAUUUCAGGUGUAAUUCUUUUUGUCUACAGGUUGAUGAUUGGAAGCCCUAAAAAUAACAGAGAAAAUUGUCCAAGAAAAUGCUUUUGAGCACAAGAAAAACAAACCAGGGUUAAUUUAAUAUAAAGCAAUCGGAGUCCCUAUGGUUUUAAAUAUAAUCAGUUAUGUUUAUAUUUCAUUUUAAUUCACCGGCCCUGUUAUUAAUUUACAGACAGUCAAAUUAACUUUGAAUAUCGAUAAAUCAUUUUCGAGAGAAAUACUAUGAUAAUUGUGGGCGGUUGUGCUCCAGGGCACGCUAUCGCUGUGUAACUUGUAAAAAAUUGCUUGACAGUGGCAAAACGCCAUACAAACCGAAUGAGCAAUAAUAGGGUGUUUUCAUUAAUGCUGAACGAAAAUUUCGCUGUUCCUUAUUCCAGUCAAAAUGAGAAAAAUUAUUAUUGCAAAGGGCAUUAUUGACCACCUGAUUAUUCCAUUAUUCUAAAGGACAAGAUUUCUGUGAUUAUUUAUCUUCAGUCACUGAAAAAGAAUUACUUUACACAGAAAUUUUUGUACUUCAUACUACUUCAAGAAAACCAUUGAAGUUUGACCAUUUUCUAAUCCCCUAUACUGCCCCCUCCCCCUCCCAAUGUGUCGUUAAUGAUGUAUAUUUUGCAAACCCUCCAUUCUUACUUUAGGUUAUAAAAAAGCUGCAAACCUUUUGACAGCCGCUUUGUUUGUGUGACUCAACAUCUAGGAUAUAAACAAGUUCUGAUGUGAUUCAGUUUGUUUUUGAAAUCAAGUAAAAAGUAAUUAUAAAUGCGAGGUAGUGUUAAACGGAGUGAUUCUCAUAUAGCCGAAGCUUAAUUUUAUGUGAAAGAUGAAUGCAUUUAAUCGCUUUAUUUUGAGUCAUUUAAGGCAAUGGACUACAAAAGCUUAACGUUCUAUUCUUUUAUCAGCCGGUUUUGCGCCAUUUUUAAUUAUAGUUUUCCUUCUUACUGAAACAUGGCGCGCUAUUUCUUCGGGCCAAAUCUAAUUAUUAGAAUUAUUAGAAAUAACUACAGUCAAACCUAUAUCUUUGGGAAUGGCUUACUUACCGCUUAAUACAGCUUGACUCUUUCAUACAAGUUUGACAAACCUAUCUAGGACCGGAGUUUAUCAAGAAAAUCAAGAUGGUGACAAAGCGAAAUAUCCACAACACGGCAACUGUUGAAGGGGUACACAAACUGUUUUACCUUUUUUUGUGCCAAAGUGACCGUUGAAUAGGAGGAGACAAUAAAAAAUAACUCGUUUGGACCAUGAAAAAGGUGACCGGGUCAGUUCUAUAGUAAUUCCGGGACUUACGAAAGUGACCGCUUAAUGCAGGUCCACUCAACUUAAUACACGUUAGAUCGUAUGUUAUGAGCUGGGCAAGGAAAGUAAAUAAAUGUUACCGCUUGCUUACUAGCGAUGAAAGAUUUCACUUAAAGAUUCUAAAAUAGAUUUAUGUACUUUUAACAAAUCUCCUUAUUCAAAUGUACGCUUCAUCUAAGAAGAAAAUUAUAACAUAUCAGUUUUUUAAUAUGGAUAAUAUAUAAUCAACAAUCUUACCAUUUUUACCUACGCUAAUAGGGAGGUUACGCAACGACGACGAGGGCGGCUACUAAAAGAUCACUUAAAAAGUGAAUUUGCACUCCCUCAGACUUAACCUCGUUAAAUCCGUCAAAUGUUGGCAAAUUUUUUUGGAGUUGAAUUCUAAAGUGAGGACUGGAUCAAAGUUCAGGAAAAGAAAAAGAAAGUUGUCUUCUGUUUCCGUCCUCGACAAAACGUGAAAUUAGUGCGUAGUUUCACGUUGGAGUCGUGCAACGACGGCAGAGGAACGUAGAAAACAGCAUGAUGGACGUGCAAAGUUGUUGUUUUGCUUGUCCAAACCUAUUUCGUUUUUGCCGUUCUCCUUGCCCUCGCCGCCGUCGUUGCGUAAACUCCCUAAUAAAAAAGUGUGUUCACAGCUCAGUCGCUGAGUUGUCUGAGUUGAGAUCUAGAAUAGCCGGGCAAUAUUUUUAUAGUCUAUAUAUCUAUGUGGUCGAGUGAGCUAGUGAUUAACUAAAGGCUAUUGUAUAAGCAGUUCUCGCUGCUCUUUCGAGCUCUUUGAGCAAUAUUAAAACCUUUCAUGCUCCGGAUGAAAAGCUGGAAAACAAGUCUACGUUUAAUCUAACCACCCGUCCGGGUCAUGAUCUGUAGUCGUUUUAAACUAAAGCACACUUCCAUUUACCUCCCUAAAUAGUGAGCCAUACGCGUUACAAAGCUUGUUUAAAUUUAAAGCGGAAUUCAUGACAACUCAAGAACGGCUAUGCUUAUUUAAAGUCUUUUACUUGUUUCAUUGACGAAAAAUGUUCAGGAACCUAUUUAGCUUCUUUUCCCAAAUCGUCUACCCCCGUUUCACUGUUUCACUUUAUAAGUAACAUAUUCUGGAUAUUUCAGUCGCUUCAAUUGUGUCAAUGAGGCAAUGAACUGUCUUUUUGAGCUUUUAAACACACUCUUUUUCCUGAUCCCGGGAAUAAUAAAUUUUUAGACCAGCAGUGACUUUUAAUUCUUCUGCAAAACCUUGUAGCUGUAAUUGAUGGCAUACUUUAUUCUGCCUUCCAGAAUGAAAGAAUAAAAUUGCUUAUAGAUAAUUGCAGCUUAGUUUCUGAUAUUUGUUCAACAUUCACUUUUUUUUUUUCAUUUAUUUGUGAGCUCUUUGUUGCAGUGUUUUAACGGCUUGUGCUGAGCCGCAAGGUAUCGUUGUAACGAAGUCACUAAUGAUUAAUUUCAAGAUUUUCAGUUAGCUGUUAUAUAACUUUAGAGCUCACUGUUACGUAAGAGUUGAAAUUAAGAAAUAGCCAAGUUUGGUUUAGCCUGCGAACCGCAGACGCAUUUCCGGGACCGGAAAUGCGUCUGCGGUUUGCAGGCUAAGUUUGGUUAGGAAAGGCUCUGGAAAAGUACAUGCACACUGUACAUCACGUGAACUCAUUAGUAAAGAACAAAGAUUUGUUUGUCCCUUUUAUCCAGACGAAUCUGUUAAGAUCUAGCCUAUCCUGUUUUAAUGUGUCAAUCAAGGUGUGUAUCUAGCCUUAAAAUCGAUCAACCCUAGCACUGCAGUCAGUUCAGCUUAGUCGGUGACGGAGUGAACCACAACAGCUUAACUGGACUUUUGAGUACGUUUCGACAAAGAAGCAAUCAGUUCUUCUCAACAUGGCUCUUUCAAAGCAAGUAAGUGAAUUUUCCUGACUCCAAGCAAUGAAUUUGAAGUCUAAUCUACUUUGACAAUAAGGACUAACCUUUAGCUGUAUUUGUAGCACACUCAGACCAUGCCACACCCUAACGACAGUUAUCAAAAGUUACUGAAAAGGCUUAUUCUCAGUUGACUCAGUUACUGCAUAAAAGAUAAAGCUGUAUAAUUUUCUGAUGUUCAGUUACUUGCCUAGUCUGCUAAAAACGGCUGUGUAGCAGACUAUUACUUGCCUUUCUGUGUCAUGGGCGGCUAUUGUUGUUGUUUUUUUUGUUUGUAUUUUUAAAUCUAUUUUUGUACUAAACGUAAUCAAUUGUCUUUCAAGUGGAAUUCUGCGAGACAGUUCUUAUUUAUUUUUAGAGUUUUCCUGAGUUUAAAUACAUUUUGUGUCAAUAACUGUAGACACGAUCCAAAAUGAAAAUUUACAAUACAAUCCUUAGUCACUGCAGAACUAUUCCAAGAAAAAUACCGCGGUAAACUUUAAAUGUCCUUGCACAGACAACGAAACUUUCUGUUUGAAAUUACGAGAAACACUGGACACAACUGUUGUCUUGUGGUGUGCCUCAGUGAAAGCUUUCAUCGAAAUUUUCGAAGAAAACAAAAAUACCUUUUCGGAUAAUUGUUAUUACCAAAAGAGGUAUUUUUAUCGUAAACCACUGACUAAAGUUAGGACAACAAGUACCGAAGAACCCGCGACACUACAAGAGACAUAAUUGAGGACCUGCGCAGUUCAAGCCUCUACCCCAAUAUUCACACAACUCUGCACCUUUUGAUGACCAGUCUCUGAUAGGCCUUUCCCGAUUGCGCUCGUAAAAUCCUAAAAAAGUGCUGGCAAAAAUGGCUAAAAACUACUUGGUUUAUUGGUGUUGAAGUAAAGCAAGAGACUACUGCACCCCCUCCUAAAAAAAAUCCUGGAUCCGCCCCUGCAGAGCCUAUUCUAUCAAUGUUUAACCGGAAAUAUGGGAACGCAUUUUUUCUUUUUAGUAUUUAUUUAAUUAAACACCAAAAAAAGGUAAAAAGGUAAAAGAUCGUUUCAUUCACUGCUUUUGCAGUUAAUUCAUGCGCACUAAUUAUGCAGCAGUUAAUAAAACCGGGUGCGUGGAUUGAUAUUUGCGCGACGUAUAGAUAAUCAAACAAGCAAAUUAAUAAAUGAAUAAAUGAAAAAAUAAUGGUUUUUAUCAUCAUUUUCUUGCAAGACUGGGAUCCUACCUGAAAUGAUUACCAAGCUUCACAUGGAGGGGGUCGUCAAUGGACACUCCUUUGAGGUACAAGGAAAUGGUAGUGGUCAGCCUUACGAGUAAGUUCCAGCUAGUUAAAUGCAGUAGCCUCUUGUUUAAAACAGAUCUCAAACAAUAAACCCCAAACCUCCCACGCUUUUUUUUUUAAGGGACUUUUUCCCUAACACCGAAUCAUUUCAGCCUUAAUCGUGCACGCCUAAAAAAAACGCUCAAAGUAUACUUAUUUUAAAUAGGCAUCAGGGCUCCUGGCAGACCUAGUCUUCUGGUGCAGGAACAGAACCUAAUUACCAUGAUAGCAUGGUUUAUUACGAGUAGCAAAUUCUGACUUCUACUGGUUAUAAACAAGUAUACAAGGGGGGGGGGGGGGCCUUAGCAAACUAAAUAUAAAAUAUGCUAAUUUCUAAUGCGUAUAAACUCUUUCUUUAAAAAGGGGUGUGCAGAAAAUGAAGCUUACAGUCACUAAGGGUGCGCCUUUGCCAUUUUCUAUUGACAUUUUGCUGCCUCAAUACAUGUAUGGAAGCAAGCCAUUUAUCAAGUAUCCUGACAAUAUCCCAGACUACAUCAAGUUGUCAUUUCCUGAGGGAAUCACAUGGGAAAGAACCAUGACCUUCGAAGAUGGUGCAGUGUGCACUGCCUCAAACGACUCCAGGUAAUCGAAACUAAAUUUGAAUAAUUUGAAUUAUUCAAAUAAUUGUUAAAACAAUUAUUGGAUGAGUAUCAUCUGAAGAAUUAUGAAGAUCGAGGGCGGUGUUAUCCAUCAGCCGAGGCGAAAAGUUCUUUAGGUGAUUCGAAAGCCGAAUUCAAUGAUUAUUUUAUUAUUCAUUCAAAAUAAUUCCCAGUUUAAACACAAGCUAAAACAUGCUUACCUUCAUCAAUGCUAAGUUCAUCUUUAAUUGCCUGUUCAUCGGCAAGUUUAGGAGAUUAAGGGUUAUUCAGUACUGCAAAUAUUCUCCAAAUAGCACAUGUCGUCUGUCGAGUUGUCUUCUUGCUGUUCUUGCUAUGUUUUUAGCCAGUAGUUCGCCUAUUUCUUCCCCGUUAAACGAGUAAGUGAAAUGUUCUGCCAUUUUGUACUCGGUAAGCACUUGUUUCCAUAUCUCAAACCUCCCUCUCCCUUUUCACUUACACUUACAUGAAAUGUCUAAGUUUUUUGACUCACAGACUUAAUUUCUACUCAACAAAUGUCGUCAAAGUGCAAGUCUCUUCAAAUUUAAAAGAAAAAAAAAAUUGCGAAUCACGAGCAGGAAUCGAUCCCUGAGUGCUAAAUCUGUAAUCUCAUGCCCUAACCACCAGACCACAGAGAAGUCGUUGCAGGAACUUGGAGUAAUUUAACUAUACUGUAGCGAAAACCCUAACCCUAAAUAAAAGCUAACCGUUAACCCUAAUCACUAUUCUAAGUGUUUAACCCUAAUCAGUAUGGUCAGUGCUUAACCUAAAUCAGUAUUAUUAGUGCUUAACCCUAAUCACUUUUGUCAGGGCUCACUCAUAUAUGUAUACAUAUAUGCAAUUACUUUGUGUAGGCAUCACAAGGUAUCCAAGGGCGGUUUGAGAUAUGCAAACUACCGUUUACCGUUUUGGUUACCAAAACAACUCGGUUAAAUGUUCAGUUUUCUGGCAAGUAUGCUGCACAGUUUACGUCAUUUUUCACAUAUCGCAAAAUUCUUCCAAAUUUGGUGCACAGUAGCUGGUUAUGAUGAAUUAUGCCUGAGAUUUUAGCCAAUCAGAAACGAAGAAAUGUUUUGAAUGAAUAAUAACAAAAAUUAUUGGAACACAACAGUAGAUAUUACCUAUUACCUGAUCCACGUUGCUAAGGAGUAGCUAACUAGGGUUGGUUAUCAACCCUUGUUCAUUAUAACUGCAAAAAAAAAUUUUCUACCCCUGUCAGACAACAGGUGUAGAUGUCCAAUACUUCAACCACUGUGAAUGAACCAAUUAUGUUGACGAAAACACUAGGUCUUCUGUCAGUACAUAGUGGUGCAGAAAUAUGCAAUACAUGUGGUCUGGAAAUCGUCCAGUACUUUUCACCUCUCAAGACUUGCGAAAUAACUUUGAAUAAAAUGUCUUUUUUAUGAAAAGACUCGUUGGCAACUGUUUCAUCUACGAAGUCAAGUUUCAAGGUGUAAACUUUCCCCGAGAUGGACCUGUUAUGCAGAAGAAGACAAAAGGCUGGGAACCGUCUACUGAGAGACUGUAUGAGUGGGAUGGGUGUCAGAGAGGAGAUGUCGACAUGGCCUUGAAGUUGGAGGACGGUGGCCAUUAUACGGUCAACUUCAAAACUACUUACAAGUAAGUUAUUUACCCCUGCGCCUUCACAAUUGCAAUAUAAGCAAAGCGAGACAUUUUUAAAAUUUACUUUUGUCUUAACCCUUCAAGAAUGAUAUCCAUAAUUUGUCAAGAGACUAGGUUAUGAGAACAACAAUGGGAAAAUGCCUUGAUCUUUUACAAGAUUCUCUCAACACAUUCUUUAUGGAAAUGUAUAGAGAUUAGUUUGGAGAAUUUGUAUGUGGAUAUUGGGACUUAAAGGGUUAAACUGUAAAACAAAUAGCCACUACUACGCAAUAGUGCUUUUCGCCUUUCAUGAUGGCUUGUGAUUUUGCACAAUCGUGCUUCUCAUAUUCACGUGGUUUUUUCCGACUCAAACACGUAAAAAACUCAGAAUCAGCUCGUACAGCAUAAUAAACAAUAAGACCACAAGGGAAAAAUAAAUGUACAAAUGGUUGUUUUAAGUGGUCACUACACAGCAUUUCUUCCACAGACCCAAACGUUAGAACCUCGUUGAAAAGCAUUUUAUAAACAGUACCACAAGAAAGUACUGCUUAGUAGCUUUCAGGUCUUACCAUAAGAUUUUAUCCACAGACUCGAAAGCACGUUCAGUCAGAACGAACCAACUCUGGUACAACAUAAUAAAUAGUACCACAGGAAAGUACGUAUAUACCGGCCAAGAGGAUCCAAUUGAAUGAAGACAUGCACUUUUUAGGAUUUCGUCCAAGAACUUAGACGCACGUAGCCAUGUCUCAACGUUCCUCAGGGCUGUGCAUAAUGCACCCGCCCGAUAACGCCGUUCUAAUACUGAGAAGGGGAUUUACGGAGCAAGUUUAUAACUAAGAUUUAAAACAAGAAUAAGAAAUAGUAGAAGUAACUCCAUACAAGUAGGCUACUCCUGAGCCAAGCUAGUUGAGAGUUUGCCAAUUUAUUAUCGCGAUAGCUUUUCAUAUUGCUCGUCCUAACCAGUAUUUGAGAGCAUGGACAGGCUAAAAUUCUCAUAAAGUGCGUUUAAUAUAACUGUACGAGAUUAAAACGACAAUGAACCGUUCUGUAAAAAUUGAACAGUUUGGCCAAAACAAGGCUUAAAUAUCCGAUUUCCUGAUAAUCAACACCAAACUACAAUUAAAACAAGCGAACAAACAUGAAGAGAAAAAGAGAAAACUGAUGGAAGAAGAAGCCGGUAAAACAUGGGCACCCAACGACAAUUUUUGGAAAAUAUCUGUUCGGAAGACGAUUUGAGAUCUAGAAUUUUCGGAACAUUUGUUGUAAAAAUUCUUGCCUGCCUGCUUCUCCUAGGAUUUGAGAACAUCUAAAAAUGGUAUAAUUGCCCAUUUUUAAAGACUUUUUUCCUUAGAAAAGUCACGUAGAAUUUUCGGGAGCCUUUUUUCUGGCUGAAAUUUUCGAAAAGGUAGACUUUCAGCUACGAAAUCCGAACAGAUGAAAAAUUUUGGGGGGGAUAAAAAUAUGCCUAUAUCUUCCGUUUAAAUACUAAAAUACGUUCAACAAUGCUAUGUUUAAGUGGUUUUGAACUAUAUUCUCGUUAAGUGCCCCUGGUAAAAGAAAAAAUAAUUGUUGUCUCAGUUUUUAUAAUGAUCCAUUCCCGAGACAAGACAAAGGGCAAUAACCGAAAAUGAACGUGGAAGAGUAUUAAGGUAGACGUUUAUCAACGAGACAAAUUUUGUGGCUUGAUUUAUUUGCAUGGCAUUUUGAUCGAUUGUUAGUCAGCGUCUAUUUUCAACCUAACAUUAAUUGUUUGUUUGUUUUUUGCAGAUCAAAGAAGAAAGACUUGAAGGUGCCACCGUAUCACUUCGUUGACCACAAACUAGAGCUACUGAGCCACAACAUCGUUGGCACCAAAGAAAACUUUGAGCAAAAAGAAACUGCUCAUGCACAUCUUUCUAGCCUCAACUCCCUUAAUCAGUAA